AUGGUCGGGAAUGUAAACAAUUCGGAAGUUUAUGUUGCAGAUGCAGAACUGUCCUCAAAGGAAAGAGAUCAGAAGGAAGUACAGGAAACAUUGGACGAAAGAAAUGCAGUUCCAUUGGCACGGAUGAAACUUAAGGUGUUAGAUGAUAAUGACGACGAUGAUGAGAAAAAAGAAUCCAGAUAUAAUCUUAGAAGUAAUAAAAGAAAAAAUCAUGCUGAGGACACUUUAUCAGUUGAUGAAGGACUUGACACGAUGGUAUGGAUGUCUAAUACUUAG